CCCUCCCAAGAUGCCUCCGUUACCAGCAGUUGAUCCAAGUGAUCAAAAAAUUCAGACGAAAGGGAUAGCUGAAUAUCAACCUUGUCAUUCCCAGUCCAUCCAUGGCUUCGUUCGGCGGUAGAGUGAUGGAGCGGAGCCAGAGCAAGAGCCAAGCUUCAGAUUCGGAUUCGGCUGGUGAAGGAGUCGGUUGGCAAAGUGCAGGGGAUACCAGUCGAAUCAUGGACAAAGCUUUGGAACUGAACAGGAAGAAAGAUAUCAUAUGCCUUAUUUUGUCAUAUCCUCCUUUCAGCUCGGUGAUCCAAGGGAGUCACAAAGGUUGGAUUCUUGAUGUUUUGGCGAUUAAUCAGAAACUAAGAGAAGCAGUUUACGGGGAGAAAAAAAUCGAUUUUUCAGAGCUCUCUCCUAGAAUCGAUCAACUGCUUGAUCAUUCAAUCCACGAUAUUGAAGCUUAUGUUCGAUCAGACAUCAUUCUGGAGAUGCAAAUGCGACAUUUACAGAAAAGAAAACCUACUACAAAAGUUUACAAUUUGGCUAUUGAUUUUGCUGUUCGCCAAAUUUUACAAGAUAUAGAAAUUCCCAAAUUUCAGAGGAUUUUGAUCUCUGGCAGGGAUGAUGCAGGCCUCCUCACGUCAAGAUUGAAUAAUCUACAGCAUAAAAAGGGAAUGUUUGAUCUUUUCAUUCACGUUAAGGCCUCUUCUUGUAAAAGUGCUAGAGAUAUUGAAGAUGUCAUUGCAAGAGAACUGGGUCUCUCAACAUCCAGCAGACAGGAAGUGGAUGGAUUGCUGAAAAGCAAAAGCUUUUUGAUCCUUCUUGACGAUGUUGAUCUUGCUUCAUCGACAAAUCUCAACGACGUGGGGACCAAUUGGUGGAACUUGAAGAAGUUUCAAAAGAUGGUUUGCACAACCGGCUCUAUGGGAAGGAGAGCUGAUUACACAGAAGCCGAUCUGGAGAUUAGUUUGGAGGAUCAUCUGUUCACAUGGGAUUUAUUUUGUAUGGAAGUUGGCAAUGUUGUUCAUUUUUCAGGCAUCCAACGCCUUGCAAUACGCAUGAUCAAAGAGUGCAAGGGUCAUUUACUUGUCAUUGUUUUAAUGGCAAGAGCCUUGAGAGAUAUUGAUGAGGUUCACACAUGGGAAUGUGCAUCUCUUGCAUUGACCUUACAACCCACUCAGUUGAGAGACGACGAUGUCUUAUUUAAUGCCUUAGCAUUCGUCUGUGGACGUUUGGGCUCAGCAAUGUAUUGUUUGAAGUUUUUUGUACACAUGGGAUGCUGGAGAGGAUAGAGAAAGGAGAUAUCAUUGGCUGGUGGAUCAGACGCGGCUUAAUUAGAAAAGCAGAUGAAGGAGAAGAAAUGGUUCAGGAUCUUGUUGAUGCCUUCUUGUUAGAGAGUUCCGGGAAUGGAGAUUCUGUUUUUCUCAGUGUGCGAGGUGAAAUCUAUGAGGCCUUACUAAUUUUGUUAGGACACAAAACAGAGUUGCUAUUUCUUCGGCAAGGUGGAAAGGGAUUAACCGAUCCUCCAAUAGAAGAGAGAUGGAAAACAGCCAGUGAGGUGCUUUUGAUGAACAAUAAACUGUCUGAGCUACCAAAGAGUCCAUAUUGCCCUCAACUCAGGGCACUGUUCCUACAAGCCAAUCAUGGUCUGAGAGUUAUUCCUCCAAUGUUCUUUGAAGGCAUGCCUUCCCUACAAUUCUUAGACUUGUCCAACACUGCAAUUAGAUCUUUACCACCAUCUCUUUUUAAAUUGGUCCAACUCAGAAUUUUCCUUCUAAGAGGAUGUCAACUUCUCAUGGAGUUACCACCUGAAGUUGGAUAUCUUAGAAAUCUUGAGGUGCUUGAUCUUGAAGGGACUGAAAUUAUAAGCCUACCUGUGAAUUUUGGAAGACUGACCAACCUCAAGUGCCUGAGAGUGUCCUUCUAUGGUUACAGUAACCACACUGGACAAAAUAACCAGUCCUCCAAUACAAUGAUUCCUCAGAACGUGAUAUCAGAACUUUCUCAAUUGGAAGAAUUAAGCAUACAUGUGAAUCCAGAUGAUGAGCGAUGGGAUGUGAUCGUGAAAUAUAUUGUCAAGGAAGUCUGCACCUUGAAACACUUGGAGACGCUUAAACUUUACUUGCCAGAAGUUAGACUUGUGAAUGACUUCAUGGGGAGUGGAAACUCAUUGAUAAACCUCUCACUGAUGAACUUCGAGUUUAUUAUUGGCAGCCACCACAAGCGCUUUGUAUCUCGACUACCACAAGAAAUUGCAAAUAGAUUUGAACAGCAAGAAAGAUGCUUGAAGUAUGUGAAUGGUGAAGGUGUCCCAAUGGAAAUUAAGGAGGUACUCCAACAUGCUACUACUCUGCUCUUGGAACGCCAUUUAACUCUUACCAAGCUGUCUGAAUUUGGGAUUGAAAAUAUAAUGAAGCUAGAAUUUUGUGUACUGGGGGAAUGUAGCAAGAUUCAAACCCUUGUGGAUGGAGCAGAAACUUUUAGACAAGGAGAUGAUGAUGGAGAUGUUCAUCAAGAAAUCAUACUUGGAUCACUCCAAUAUUUGAGGCUUCACUAUAUGAAGAAUUUAGACAGUAUAUGGAAGGGGCCAAUCUGGAAGGGUUGUCUAUCCAGUCUCAAGUCUCUGGAAUUGUAUGCAUGCCCCCAAUUGACUACCACUUUUACUUUGGGUUUGCUUGAAAAUCUCGACCUUCUAGAGGAGCUUGUGGUUGAAAACUGCCCCAAUAUAAUCAGCUUGGUGACUUAUGAAGUUCCUGCAGAACAUACGCUGCUCUGCUUCAAAACAUACCUUCCAAAGUUGAAGAAGAUAUCACUUCAUUACUUACGAAAAUUGGCCAGCAUUUCCAGUGGUUUACGCAUUGCACCAGACUUGGAAUGGAUGAGCUUCUAUAAUUGCCCAAGCAUUGAAGCUCUUUCUAACAUGGAAGUUUCUAGUAAUAAUUUGAAGGUGAUCAUAGGAGAGGCUGACUGGUGGAGGGCAUUGAAAUGGCAAACAUCAGUUCUAAGAAGUAAUCUGGAUUCUAUAUUUGUCCCCAUUAAAUCAGAUGUUGAUUUGAUGACUCAGUUAGAAGAAACUAAGAAUCAACUUCUAGCUCCCAAGCAAGAGAGAAAUCCAUCUCAACAGUCAGGUUCUGGUGACUCCUUGAAGGCCCUUGCAGCGGAGGCAGGAACCACCUCAAUUGAUAAGCAGCGUCAUAAGCCUUCUCCAUUGCCACUGUCGUCUCCUUCCACGAAGAGCUUCAUGAAGGCCUCUGUAGUAGAAGCAGGAACCACCUCGGAGCAGAAGUGGAAGCCCCACACUGUAAAGAUGACUGAUGCAGCAGAAGUUGACUUACAAAGAAUCCGGGGAAGCUUAUUAACUUCUGUCAGUUCCGAAACUGCAUGUAUGAAAGAUCUGAAAGAAAACUAUGAGAUGUUGAUAGGCGGAGCAAAACAGCUCAAGGCACUGAGGAAUGGCAUGGAGAUGGAAAUAAGAAGACAUAAUAUAAGGCCGCACAUAAGAGAAUGGUUGGCUAAGGUUGAGAGGAUCAACAUUGAAGUGAACCAACUAGAAACUCUAUACAAUGAUGAAAUGAAGCAUCCAGGGAGACCGGUUCGUUUUUGGGAAUGCUCAAAUCUUAGCAAAAACAUGGAGAAGAAGCAUGAGAAAGUUCAUAGUCUUUUGAAAGAAGGGAUUGAUAAAAGAAGAGUACUGGUUGCAGAAUUGUCAGAACUUGCCAGGAAAAUACCUGCACCGAAAAUAGAAGACUCAUCGUUGUGCAAUGUGGUUGAAGAUGUAGUGAGUUUUCUACAGGAUAAGCAAAUAAGAAGAAUCGGAAUUUGGGGAACAGUUGGAACAGGGAAAACCACAAUAAUGAAGAACGUGAUCGAUCAUAAAGAUGUGGCUAAAAUAUUUGAUAUGGUCAUCUGGGUAACUGUCUCAAAGGAAUGGAGCAAAAAAACGUUUCAAGAUGCAAUUAUGCAGAGACUAAAAAUGAAUAUGAAGGGCAGUGUUAGCAUCGAGGAAAAUUCUCUAAGAAUUUCUGAAGAGCUAAAGGGAAAGAAGUGUUUGAUUCUUCUAGAUGAAGUCUAUGACUUUAUUGAUCUAGAUGAAGUAAUUGGAAUCAACCAGAGUCAUGAGAGCAAGGUGGUGCUGGCGAGUAGGCUCCGUGACAUUUGCAAGGGCAUGGAAGCUGAUGAGUUAAUCAAUGUGAAACCAUUGUCAGAUCAUGAAGCUUUCAACAUGUUCAGGGAAAAGUUGGGUCAGUCUAUUUACUCCCCACAAAUUGAACGGGUUGCUGAACAGGUGGUUAGAGAGUGUGGUGGUUUACCCCUGCUGAUAAACAUUGUAGCCAUGAUCUUCAGAAAUAAAAGGCAAGAUAUUUCCCUUUGGAUGGAUGGAUUGAAACAUCUGCAAAGAUGGGAGGAUAUUGACGGCAUGGAUCAUGUGAUUGAAUUCCUGAAGUCUUGCUAUGAUUAUUUAGAUAGUGACACAAAGAAGGCCUGUUAUCUGUAUUGUGCCUAUUUCCUGGAGAAUAUGAUAUUAAUGUAG